AUGGCUUCGUUCGUUAAAAGUUCACGUCUUGAAAAUGCUUUGGCAAAUGUUAUUCAGUAUAGAAUACGUAUGUUUGCCGGUAUUAAACAAAACGCAAAAAUGACGCAGCAUAAUAUUAUCAUGAAAUCCCUUAUAAGUCAACGUCUUUAUUCCACCAACUUGUCUCCUCAAGGGCCUGCUGAUAAGCCGUCUUUGGGGGGUGAACGUGAAAGCGCGUCAUACUUAACAAAGUCUAAAAACGAUGGCUCUUCUUCAUUCUUAACAAAAUCUAAAAACAAUGACACUUCAACCUUUGCACCUACGCCUGUGUUUGGUUCUACUAAUUUAUUGGAUAGUCAAACAGAACAAACAACAAGCAAGGUUGUGUGUGAUAAUAAUUUUGAACAGGACUGGUCAAAGUCAUUUUUUGGUUUAUCCACCAAAGCUUUUCCAAAGGAAACCGCUGAUAUUCUAUUGGCUCCAAUCGAAGUAGAUGAUGUUGAGUGCAAGCCUGAUGGAAUGCUUUAUCUGCCCGAAAUUAAGUAUCGUCGCAUAUUGAAUAAAGCAUUCGGACCUGGAGGCUGGGGAUUGGCUCCUCGUGGGGAUCAUUCUGUUAGUCCAAAGACGAUUUCACGUGAAUUUGCACUUAUUUGCCACGGACGGCUUGUAUCGGUUGCUCGUGGUGAACAAGAAUAUUUUGAUCCUUCCGGAUUAGCCACUGCUGCGGAAGGAACAAAAAGUAACGCUCUAAUGAGAUGCUGUAAAGAUUUAGGAAUCGCGUCUGAACUUUGGGAUCCUACUUUCAUUCGUGAUUUUAAAAAAAAAUAUUGUGAGGAAUUUUUCUGUGAACAUGUUAAUAGCAAAAAGAAGAGAAAGAUUUGGGUAAAGAAGGGUAGUGAUGUCGAAUAUCCUUAUGUAAGAUCAUCGGGUGGAUAUUGA